UAUUCUUUGACACUUUAAAACGUUCCUGACAUGCUACUGACUCGACGCAUUUGCUCUAAUGCCAGCGAUUAUCAAUAUACAAGCUACCGUCAUCGAACAGUUGUAUUGCACCUUCGAUCUUUAUACACACCACGCAUCCCAUUCUUAGACUUUCUUGCCUGCACCGAAAGAAAACCGGCAAGCUACACAGCUGUUUGCUUCACAGCCCCGCGUUCCUGAUGCUGUUAGCUUCUAUUGUGCCUUCAAGGGCCACUACCACAUCCAGAAGGGCUGUGGGGCAGCAGUCACGAACAUCUGCCGGGAUACUGGAAAGCACUUAUAACUCGCUAAACAGAGGCUAUAGGGGCAUACACUUGUGGAACAAGAAAAGUGAGGUCGUCAAACACCGGCUAGACACUGUUCUUGAUGGUCUUGAUUUUGCCAGAGACUCCCAGCUUGCAACUCGCUCAAACACCUCUUCGCAGGAACUGGCUACAAUUAGGGACGGUACAGCACAGAUUGGGGUAUCUCAGGCGAACCUACGUGCAGACCUUCGGAGACCAGAGUUUAUGAAUCGGAAUUGGAUACCGCAUUGGAGUUACCAGAAAAGCUCCAUUGCUGCCGCAUGCAUAUUUACGGCCGUUACAGUAAUGGCUCUGACUUUCUUGGCUAUCUUAUCCAUCAAAAAGGCUAAAAGAAGCUGGGAGCGACACAAACGUGAAAAGAAAGAUUAUGCAAACUCCGGAUACUCUGCUCUCUCCUUGAUCGAAGAAGGCCACAAAAUGACUGCGACGAGCAGCAAGCAGAUAAGCCGAGAGACUUUGAUGUUCAGUAGGAGUCGCUCGCCAUCUCCGACCUAUCUCAUUGAACAAGACGGUCCCUCCGUGACGAGAGUUUAUCACACUAGCAGAAGCGUCUCUACCAUUACGCUCGACUCACCCAGCUCUACUCUGGGAGAUGCAGGCACUACAACUGAGUUGAACGCAAUACCGGGACGUCCAGCCAGCGCGUUGAAACGUUCCCGCCACGAACGUCAUGGCUCGAAGGCCAGAUCAAUCGUUGUCGUACCAUCACCCUUGAGGGCAUUCUCGGUGAAGCCGAUGAUACACCACACAGACCCAGCCUACGGCCUGGAGCGGACUUUUUUGAACGUCGAACAUGAGGACGGUAAUGUCCCGUCGAACAGCAAGCGUGACUCCGCUGGUGGUAACAGCUUGUUUAAACUUCCAGCAAUCCAAAGAACAAUGUCGCCUCUUUUCUCCUUUUGAUUUUACAGGACUAUUGGAUGGUGUGCUUGUUGGGUACGUGUUUGGUCUAGUCACAUCCGACUUGAAGUUGUUUUUCCAAGCUGGAAUUGGAAGUCAGGGAUUUUUCGUCUUCUUUUUUUCCUUUUCCUUUCUGUCGCUAUAGCUAAUUUUUUCUCACCGUGAACACAUGUACAAGUCCUUUUAGCUUACGAAUGUCCUUCCCAGGACUGAACUAAAAGAAGGCCAUGCACCUCAAUAGACAAAAGUUGUC